UUUUUUUUUAUUUCCAUCCCUCUCACCUUGCACUCGAGCAAUUACAUAAUGAGCACCCAUUAUAGCCAAUAUUUGAUGGACAGCAAUCACGUAGCAGUUGAAAACGAGUAUACCACGAAUAGUUCCCUUUCGGAGUCCAUGAUCAUUCAGCAGUUACAACAGUUACUGCGUGAACAACCUAGUUUAAGCAGCCAACCACCAUCAGCCAAUCAUUCAAGUGGUUUACUUUUUGAGAGCAUUCAUGAAUUCAUCGAGGAGCAAGCGCAGUUAAAGGGAAGACCAAGUUCUGCUACGAGCAUGCCGGUCGUAACUUCAACAGAGGCACUACCUUCAAGCAGUCAGAAUGGCCUUCCUUCUUGGACUCCAGAUUCAUCCUACGAUAGUCAGACCGACCUUCCUCCAUGGACUUCGGAUACGCCUUGUUACAGUCAAAAUGAUUUCAUGGCUUGGACAGCGGAAGCAUCCCUCUUGCCAACAUUGACACCUGAGACAUCGUUCUAUAGCCAUGACGAUCUUCUUGCUGCGUCAGCCUCUUUCAGAACGCUCCAUACGGAUAGUAUGACGGAUCUUGCCGACUAUCAUCCACAGCAGCAGCUGCAAAACUAUUCCUCUUACUCUUUAGCGUCUACAGCCCAUCAGUAUGCUUACUUUGAACCAGAUGUUUGUAAUUACCAAAAUAGCUUUUCAACGAACGCAACGGCUCUUCACCAUUUUUACGAUCCAAGUUAUCUUAUCAACGACUUUCAACCCAUUACUGUGAUGCCGCCGUCCAUGUCAUCCUUCAUAAGGCCAACAAAGACGACCAAAAAGAUGUCAGACAUCAACACCAUGACACCCAAGAAAUCCAUCUCUACCGGAUGCACUCGUCGUCAACGGCAAAAGAAACUGACUCUCAGCCAACGUAAAAUGAGUGCCAUGGACUUAAAGUCCGUCUCGGACAAGGAAACAGGAAGCUUCCAUCACAACAGUCAUAGUAGCAUGCGCCCCUCUUUGAAAGGCACCACAACAACAACGUCCAGUAUGUCGAAUAAAACCUCUUAUAAGAAAGGCCGGAACGUUGAAAAAGCUUGCAAUCAUUGUAAGAGAUCCCAUUUACGUUGCGAUAACCUCCGACCUUGCGGUCGUUGUGUAGCGACAGGGAAAAAUGAUUGCCACGAUGUGGAGCAUAAAGCGCGUGGCCGUCCGCGUGGCCCCAAAAAGUGAAUGGAGAUGGUGGUCAAAACCCAGCAACGUUCUUGUACCAUAGUUUUCUGUCGGGCAAAACAAAAU